AUGCGUACCCAUUGGCGCGUCGCCAUUGCACUGCUGACUCGAGCUGCGGCUUUCAGCGCCACUGUCGGCGGCGAAACGGCUGUGGCUUUUCGUCAUAGCGUCCCGAUCCCUGAGCUCGUGCCGUCGUUGACACGCUCGUCCGACUACACACUCAGUGCUCUCCAACACCCGACUGUCACUGGCCAUCGAGGGGCGCCGGGGUACCUGCCCGACCAUACGAUCGAGGGGUAUACACUCGCGAUCGACGUCGGCAUUGACGUGAUCGAGCCUGACCUCGUCAGCACAAAGGACGGCGUGCUCGUUGCACGGCAUGAGCCCUACAUCGACGGCACGACGGACGUGGCCUCGCACCCCGAAUUUGCCGACCGCCUGACCACCAAGAUGCUGGACGGCGUGCCCGUGCGCGGCUACUUUGUCAGUGACUUUACCCUCGACGAGAUCAAGACGCUGCGGGCCACGCAACCCCUGCCCGAGCGCGACCAGAGCCACAAUGGCCUGUACCAGAUCCCGACGUUCGAAGAGGUCAUUCAGCUGGCACAGCUCAAGUCGGUCGCGUACAACCGCACGAUUGCCAUCUACCCGGAAGUGAAGCACUCGAGUUUCCACACGGCACUUGGCGUGCCGAUUGAACCCGUCAUGCUCAAGCUACUGACUCAGUACGGAUGGAACCACGCGAAUGCGCCCGUGUUCAUCCAGUCGUUCGAGACGGCGAACCUGCGGAAGCUCAGGAAAGUCACAAACGUCACGCUGGUGCAGCUAAUUGACGGCUUUGGUAGCGACCCGAUCACUGGCGACGUUCUUUUCGAGGCGCCGUCGGCUCGACCGUACGACUGGACGCUGGCCAACCGCACCGACACGUUCGGAUAUCUGACGACGCCGGCUGGUCUUGCUGAAGUGGCGACGUAUGCCGACGUUGUCUCGCUCUGGAAGCGAUACGUGCUCAAAGCGAUUGCUAUUGAAGUGGACGACAGUGGGAACAUUGUCGACUUCGAUGGCGACGGUCAGAUUACGGAUGCUGACUACAAUAUCAUUGAGGGUCUAGACGUUAUCAGAGAUGCACACGACGCUGGUCUCAAAGUACAUACGUGGACAAUUCGUGACGAGAACUACCGUCUAGCUGCGAACUAUUCUGGCAACGCGACGCUCGAGUACUUGCAGCUCUUCAACAUGAAGAUUGACGGACUGUUCAGUGACAAUUGCAAGACGGCAGUGGUGGCGCGCGAUGCAUGGCUGGCUGAGCAGCUGGACUAG